CCAGAGAGGGAGGGAGAACGAGCUCUACGUCAAACGUUAGCGUAGUCCGUUUUUUAAAAAUAUAAAGCUAGAUUUAUUAAUUCCUCAUCUUUUGAAGGAGUAUUGCAUCACUUUUAUUCACUGGAAUUAUUCGCGUAAUACUGAGGUAAAUGAGGAUGCCUAGUGUGAAAUACCAGAAAGGGGACAAGGUGAUGGGCCGCUGGCCCGGCAGCAGCCUGUAUUAUGAGGUUAAGGUGCUGGGCUUUGACUCCAAAAGUCAGCUCUACACUGUCAUCUACAAGGAUGGUACUCAGCUGGAGCUCAAGGAACAAGACAUCAAGAGCGCUGCUGGUUUCCAGGCCCGUUCCCGCUCCCGCUCUCGUUCUCGAUCACCAGGCCGACGUCGCAGCCGGUCACGUUCCCCAGCAAGGACAACACGGCGCUCAUCUUCUCGUACAGCGGCAGCUGUCGCUGCUGCAGCUAUAACAGACAGCGCACCAUCCUCUCGCAGGGAUACAAAGCUGAAGGAUGCAUUGGAAGUCAGGCUCAGCCCCUUGGAACAGACAAAGGCACCUGAGAACAAUAGCAACAAUAAACAUGACAAGAAAGAGGAGAAACAGAAAGAGGAGAAUAACAUGGCUAACAAAGUGAAUGAGUCUGAGGAAAAAGAAGAGGCAGAGCCCGAGAAGACUCGUUACAAUCUGCGCCGCAGGAAGGACGAUGGAGCUGCCAAACCAGCUGCAGCCAAACCAGAGCAGGAGGAGGUCAAGAUGGCUGCAGCUCCUGCUGCCACCUGCUCCACCUCACUUGACUUUGGAGGGAAGAUAGUUUCUACGAUGUGUGCUUUCCUUCCUGCAGGAGCGUAUUUCUGGCUCCUCUUUCUGCCGGCCUGGGUUCUCUUCCUGGUACUCCAAGUCAACCUGGAGGAUCCCAGCCUGGCCAAUUUCCCCCCUCCUCUGCCUCCUCUUGAAGCCUUCUGGGAUGCCCAGGCCUUUGGCUUUGUCGUCCUCUGGAUUGUAUUCCAGGCCCUCCUCUACAUCCUGCCUGUUGGGAAGUUGAGCGAGGGCAUGCCACUGAGGUCUGGGGAGAGGCUGAAGUACAGAACCAAUGGUUUCUUUGCCAUCGUGGCGAGUGCUGUAGCUGUGGCAGCAGCGGUGUACCAGGGUGUUGAUCUCACCUACAUCCACAGCCGCUUCCUGCAGCUCGCCGUGGCGUCCUUCCUCAUCGCCGCCCUUCUUAGCGUUUACCUCUAUGUCCGCUCUCGCUACGCCGCCCCAGAGCAACUGGCACUAGGGGGGAGCUCCGGCAAUAUGGUUUAUGACUUCUUCAAAGGACGUGAGCUCAACCCCCGUAUCAAAGACUUUGACCUGAAAUUCUUCUGUGAGAUGCGUCCUGGCCUGAUAGGCUGGUGUUUGAUCAACUUUGCGAUGGCGCUCGCUGAGAUGAAGCAGCAGGGUCUGGAUGUUCCUUCAAACAGCAUGAUCCUUGUGAACUUCUUCCAGCUGCUCUAUGUGGUGGAUGGCCUUUGGAAUGAGGAGGCCAUCUUGACCACCAUGGACUUGAUGCAUGAUGGUUUUGGCUUCAUGUUGGCUUUCGGUGAUCUGGUGUGGGUCCCCUUCACUUACACCUUGCAGGCUUAUUACCUGGUUAGCCACCCCAACCCUCUGAGCCUCCCAGCACUUACUGCCAUCGUCAUACUCAAACUCGUUGGCUUCUACAUCUUCAGGAAAUCUAACUCUGAGAAGAACGCCUUCAGGAGAAACCCAUCAGACCCAAAACUGUCUUAUCUGAAGACGAUCCCCACAGCCACAGGGAAGAGUCUCCUGGUCUCUGGCUGGUGGGGUGUGGUCCGCCACCCGAACUACCUGGGGGACCUCAUCAUGGCUCUGGCCUGGUCUCUACCUUGCGGCUUCAGCCACCUCCUGCCGUGGUACUACAUGAUCUACUUCAUCAUACUGCUCGUGCACCGAGACUCCCGCGACAUGAGCGAGUGCAGGAGGAAGUACGGGUCCGCGUGGGACGAGUACUGCCGAACUGUUCGCUACCGGAUCGUUCCCCGCGUCUACUGAGGGACCUGAUGCUGGACACUCGAGCGGAGGACUUUUUUUUUUCUGACCCAGUAUCAUGGCUGUGAAGGCUCACCAAAA